AUGGCUGAGGAGCCACAAAAAGGCGUCAAGCGUCGUCGCAUCACGCAGGCAUGUGACUACUGCCACCAGAGAUCGAUCAGAUGUCGGCCCGACCCUGAGGAUCCUGACGAGCGCUGCACGAACUGCGUCUCUUUCCAGCAAGAGUGUACUCGACUUAGGCCGGCAAAGAAGCGUGGUGUUAAGCCACGAAACUCUUUGGAUGAUGAUUCAUCCGUGGCCCCUACACUACCGCCAGCACCUCAGGCGAUUGCAACUCAACCAGCAGAUAUCGAGUUAUGGAGGGCACCUCAUGUCGCUGGACAGGGGUUGAUCGUGGAUCUUGUGGAGGUCUACUUCGAAAUCAUCUAUCCCAUAUUUCCGCUUUUCCAUCGACCGAGCUUCAUUCGCAAGAUCUCUCGAGGCGAAUACAAUGCCGACCCAGCGCUGUAUGCCGUUACCAUGGCGGUGUGUGCAUUGAGCUCUGCACGAGCCAACGACAACGCAGUGUCCAAGCAAUCACCAGAUGUCGAUGAGCUUUCGCGCGUGCCAUCAAGGGCGUUCUACCAUGCCUCCAUCGACGCACUGCCAAAGUCAGACUUGCCCAGCGCAAAUUUCAAUGUGAUGAGAACGUAUGCCAUGCUCGCCUUGAUUGCUAUUCAAUAUGGUGACCAUCGUGGCAUGCAAGGCUUUCUUGGCAAGUACCAUGCAAUGGUGGCGAUGGACGGUCUGCACGAUGAGAAAAAUUGGCCCCAAGGACUCGGCAUCAUCGAGCUCGAAGAGCGCCGGAGACUGUUCUGGUCAAUCUACACUCUAGACGUCUUUUCCAGCAUAGUCUUCAAGUCCGUCAUCCGAGUACGCGAACAGCAAUCAAUAGUCCACUAUACAAGUGAGCUUGACGAUGCGUUCUUCGACAAUGCAGGGUACCGCCUUGAUCCUCAAUCCCCAACGUCGUCAAGCCCUGGGAGCAGUGUAAGCACUGAAAGCUGGGUGCAUGGCUGGAACAUCACUACCGAUCUGUGGCGUCUGAUUGAACAUGUUGCCAUAAAGCUGUACAGCCACACCAGGAGAAGGCGGACUUUUUCCGAGGUCGCAACCAAAUUUGAGACCUCACCAUCAGCUGCUGCCCUUUCGGCCGAGGUCGACAAAAUAUACUAUUCCCUGCCCACGCAUUUCCGUCACAUUGAGGAAAUGAGUGGCGACUCGACCGGUGCAGAUCGAUAUGGCUUCCAGGCUGCGAACAUCACGGCGACCGUUCAAUUGCUUCGUAUGGUGUUACUAGCCUCGGAAGAGAACACCAUCGAGCAAAGGUGCCACGUCGUGAGCAGUGUCGUGCAUGCAUUCAUGCGCAUACCAAUCUCUUACCUUCGUGCAAUCAACAGUCCCCUUUUGCACCAUCUCGGCUCAAUAGGUGCUGUCUUGGAGGGCGUGCUUGCCGAACGUCUGACUGAGCAGCAGUAUCAGUCUGUCAGAACUGUCCUGCUGUCAUUAGCGCAGUUACUUGAGAAUCUGGACUUCGGCUUCCAUUCAAUCCAGGUCGCCAAAAAGUUGAGAGAUCUGGUCCUUCAGAUUGACGACCAUAUGUCGACACACCGGCCAGUGGCGAACAGUCUGACCUCGCCAUCGUCUUCGACGUAUUCGCCCGCGACAGAACCUGGUACGCAUGUACCGGGCUCAAUUUUGACACAAUGGCCGUGGAAGACUGGCUCUUCGUAUUUACCUUAG